CGGCAGGAGCCGGGAAAGUCCCGCAGGCGCCGCAGCCAUUGGCUGCCGCCCCCCACGUGCCUGCCCGCUGCCUCUACCUUCGUGUCAUUUUUCCUGCCGGCCCCAUGGAGGAAGUGGGAAAGUUGGCGCGGCCCCGCCGGACGCUGAAGACCCGGUGGCGGCGUGACAGAGGGACGCGGCGAGGAUGAGCUCCUUCCUCGAGUACCCCGUCCUCGGCGGCGAGGCGGGGGGCUGCGCCUCCCGCACCUACCACCCCGACCACGGGAUUACAACUUUCCAGCCCUGCGCCGUCAGCGCCAGCAGCUGCAGCGGGGAGGACCGCUUCCUGACGGGCCGCGGGGUGCCCAUCAGCCCCCACCGCCACCACCACCACCACCAUCACCACCACCCCCCGGCCCAGCCCGCCGCCUACCAGCACCACGGCGGCCUGGGGGUGUCCUACGCGCACCCCGGCUGCGGCCCGACCUACGGGGCGCAGGGCUUCGGACCGGCGUACGGCCCCUACCCCCUCGGGCAGGACGCGGAGCUGGGCGGCGGCUUCCCCCCCUGCGCCCCCGCCGUCUACUCGGGGAGCAUCUCCUCCUCCUCCUCUUCCUCCGCCGCCGCGCAGCACCCGCACCCUCACCAGGGCUACGCGGGGGGGCCCGCUCAGUACGUGCCUCCCCCCUACGGGCAGGAGCAGCAGAGCCUGCCCCUGGGCACCUACAACCAUGCCCUGUCUCCCCUCCACGCCGGCCACCGGGAAAACGCCCGCUCCCCCUCCGCCGAGACCUCGCCGCCGGCGCAGACUUUCGACUGGAUGAAAGUGAAAAGAAACCCACCCAAAACAGGCAAGGCUGGCGAGUACGGCUUCGUGGGGCAGCCCAACACCGUCAGAACUAACUUCACCACCAAGCAGCUCACCGAGCUGGAGAAGGAGUUUCAUUUCAACAAGUACCUGACCAGGGCCAGGAGGGUGGAAAUCGCCGCCUCCCUCCAGCUCAACGAGACGCAGGUGAAGAUUUGGUUCCAGAACCGGCGGAUGAAGCAGAAGAAACGGGAGAAAGAGGGGCUCCUGCCCAUCUCCCCCGCCACCCCCACGGGCUGCGAGGAGAAGGCGGAGGACUCCUCGGAGAAGUCCUGCUCGUCUCCCUGCAGCGCCUCGCCCGCCUCCUCCUCCUCGGACACCCUGCCUGCCUCCAACUGAGGCCCGACGCGCCCCGACGGCCGCCCAUCGCCACGCAGCUGGCGGCCCUUCACCGCGGUUCUGUCGGUCCCCUCCGUCGGUCCCUCGGUCAGUCUCCCCGGUGGUCCCCCCGCCCGGCCCCGGGGGUGUCGGCUCUGCCUCCCGGCCCCUUGGUGCCAAGCGAUUUUCUUUGCCCCCCCCUGCCCCCCAACCCUUCCUGCCGGAGGAGCUGUGUCGGCACACGCGUAAGGGUCUCUCCCUCCUCCGCCGCAAGGACGCUCCCCCCGAGUUUCCCUGAGUGACAGACAGGUGAUCUAGGGUACAUAACCUCACGGAGAGAUGCACUAUUGCAAGUGUUUACACGACCCAUAGGACUUUCAUCCCCUUAAUUUAAUGUAUUCUUUGUUCGUGUCUAUGAGUUUGUUGCUUGUAAAUACUUUGUCCGAGAGAUUUAUCUUUUUACAGAUUUUUUCUAGAAAUGACGUUUCGAUUAUCAGGUUAAGCAGGGUGAGCGCAUUCGCCAAACUGGAUCCACUUUUAUAUCGGUGAAGCUGAUGACCGUACCAAGCAAACGUCUUAA